AUGCCUGCUGGGAGAGGAGGGGAUGGAGCCGGGUCAGGACCGGGCCGGGGGACGCCGGCGGUGGCCCCUGGUCGGGCUCCUGGCCCCGGGCUGUGGAGGAUGGUGCUGUGGGCCGGUGUGGUGCUGCUGGCCGGUGGAGGAGGAUGUGCGGAGGCGUGCCCGGCUCUGUGCAGCUGCCUGGGGAACACGGUGGACUGCCACGGCCUGGGGAUCCACUCGGUGCCCAAGAACAUCCCCCGAGGGACCGAGAGGCUGGAUCUGAACGGAAACAACCUGACAGUCAUCACCAAGACGGACUUCUCUGGCCUCAAACACCUCCGAGUUCUACAUCUGAUGGAGAACCAGAUCAGUAACGUCGAGAGGGGGGCGUUCGAUGAGCUGAGGGAGCUGGAAAGACUUCGUCUCAACAAGAAUCAUCUCAGUCAGUUUCCAGAGCUGCUGUUCCAGAAGAACGAAGCUCUGUCUCGACUGGACCUGAGUGAAAAUGGCAUCCAGGCUGUUCCGAGGAGAGCCUUCAGAGGGGCCACGGACCUGAAGAACCUCCAGUUGGAUAAAAACCACAUCAGCUGCAUCGAGGAGGGAGCUUUCAGAGCUCUGCGAUCUCUGGAGGUUCUCACACUGAACAACAACAACAUCAGCACCAUCCCAGUCUCCAGUUUCAACCACAUGCCCAAGCUCCGCACCUUUCGUCUCCACUCCAACUCUCUGCGGUGCGACUGCCACCUGGCCUGGUUGUCUCCGUGGCUGCGGCAGCGGCCGGCGUUAGGCCUCUACACCCAGUGCAGCUCCCCCCCCACGCUGAGGGGCCUCAACCUGGCUGAGCUGCGCAAGAGUGACUUCGCCUGCUCGGGCCACGGCGGCAGCGCCUUCGUCCAGCCGUGCAGUCUGGCGUCCGGCUCCUGUCCUCCCAUGUGCUCCUGCAGCAACAACAUCGUGGACUGUCGGGGGCGGGGCCUCACCGCCAUCCCCGCCCACCUCCCCGAGGCCAUGACGGAGAUUCGUCUGGAGCAGAACGGCAUCAAGUCAGUCCCCCCCGGCGCCUUCACCUCCUACAAGAAACUCAGAAGAAUAGACCUGAGCAACAACCAGAUUUCUGAAAUCGCUCCAGAUGCUUUCCACGGCCUCCGAGCGCUCAACUCACUGGUUCUGUACGGCAACAAGAUCACGGAGCUGCCGGGCGGAGUGUUCGAUGCCCUGGCUUCACUGGAGCUGCUUUUGCUGAACGCAAAUAAGAUCCACUGCAUCAGAGCGGCUGUGUUUAAAGAUCUGGAGAAUCUGGCUCUGCUGUCGCUCUACGACAACAAGAUCCAGAGUCUGGCUAAAGGGACCUUCAGCUCCCUGCACAGCAUCCAGACCCUCCACCUGGCCCAGAACCCCUUUGUGUGUGACUGUAACGUGAAGUGGUUGGCCGACUUCCUGCGUUCGAAUCCCAUCGAGACCAGCGGCGCCCGCUGUGCCAGCCCCCGCCGCCUCGCCAACAAACGCAUCGCACAGAUCAAGAGCAACAAGUUCCGAUGCUCCGCCAAAGAGCAGUACCACAUCCCAGGCACAGAGGACAGGCGUCAGAGCUAUGAGUGUAACAGUAAGCCGGUGUGUCCCGCUAAGUGUCGCUGUGAAGCCAACGUGGUCGACUGCUCCAACCUCCGUCUCACCAAGUUCCCCGAGCACCUGCCCUCGUCCACCGAAGAGCUGCGUCUCAACAACAACGACCUCUCGGUGCUGGAGGCCACCGGCGCCUUCAAGGGCCUGACGCAGCUCAAGAAAAUCAACUUGAGCAACAACAAGAUCUCAGACAUCGAGGACGGAGCGUUUGACGGGGCGUCCUCGGCGGUGGAGCUUCACCUCACGGCCAAUCACCUGGAGUCUGUGAGAGGGAGCAUGUUCAGAGGGAUGGAGGGACUCCGCAUGCUGAUGCUGAGGAACAACAAGAUCAGCUGUAUCCAUAACGGCAGCUUCACGGGUCUCACCAACGUCCGGCUCCUCUCGCUGUACGACAACCAGCUGAGGUCCAUCCUGCCCGGGGCCUUCGACACGCUGCCCAACCUGUCCACGCUGAACCUGCUGGCCAAUCCUUUCACCUGUGACUGCCGUCUGUCCUGGUUUGGGGCGUGGCUUCGGAGCCGGCGAAUCGUGACGGGGAAUCCUCGCUGCCAGGGCCCCGCCUUCCUCCGGGAGAUCCCCCUGCAGGACGUGGCUGUGCUCGACUUCCGCUGUGAAGAUGGGUCGGUGCUGGACGACAGCCGCUGUGUGUCGGGGCCUCAGUGUCCGACCCAGUGCACCUGCAUGGACACGGUGGUCCGCUGCAGCAACAAGCACCUGCAGGGUCUCCCCCGGGGGCUGCCACGCAACGUCACCGAGCUGUAUCUGGAUGGAAACCAGUUCACCAGUGUUCCCAAAGACUUGGCCACCUUCAAAUACCUGCAGCUCGUAGAUCUGAGCAACAAUAAAAUCAGUUCCCUGUCGGACGACUCCUUCUCCAACAUGAGCCAGCUCACCACGCUAAUCCUCAGCUACAACUCGCUCCGCUGCAUCCCUCCUCUGUCGCUGAGCGGCCUGCGCUCCCUGAGGCUGCUCUCUCUCCAUGGCAACGACAUCUCGGAGCUGCAGCAGGGCAUCUUCAGCGACGUGUCCUCGUUGUCUCACCUAGCGAUCGGAGCCAACCCUCUGUACUGUGACUGCCGGCUGCUCUGGCUCUCGGACUGGGUGAAGAGCGGCUACAAGGAGCCGGGUAUCGCCCGCUGUGCCGGCCCCGGGGACAUGGAGGGCAAGCUGCUGCUCACCACGCCCGCCGACAAGUUCCAGUGUCUGGGUCCCGUGGAGGCGUCUGUUCAGGCCAAGUGCAGCCCGUGUGUGUCGUCCCCCUGCCAGAACCAGGGCGUCUGCCAAGUGCAACACACACAACCGUACACCUGCACCUGCAAGGCUGGAUUCACGGGUGAACACUGUGAGACACCGGUGGAUGCUUGUGUCAGUAAUCCCUGCACUAACGGAGGAACCUGCCUGAGCGACGAGCAGACCAGAGGCUUCAGCUGCGCGUGUGCGUUCGGUUUCCACGCCACGUUCUGCGAGGUGAACGUGGACGACUGUCAGGACCAUGGUUGUGAGAACGGCGCCACCUGUGUGGACGGAGUCGGGAACUACACCUGCUUGUGUUCUCCUGACUACACAGGUCUGUUUUGUGAAGAAGAGGAGGGGGGGUGUUCUCCGGGGAGAAACCCCUGUCAGCAUCAGUCCACCUGCGUCAGCUCCCCCACAGGCUCCAGGUGUGUGUGUAUCCCCGGCUGGGUGGGGCCGGACUGCAGUAUAGAUUAUAACGAGUGUGUGGAUCAUCGCUGUCAGAACGGAGCUCAGUGCGUCGACCAUCUGGACGGUUACAGCUGCGUCUGUCCUCAGGGAUACAGUGGACAGUUCUGUGAGGUGGCCCUUGUCCCCCCGUCCCCGUGCCAGCUGGCUAGUUGUCAGAACGGCGCCCCCUGCCUGGAGGGGACGGGCACGGCCGAGUGUCAGUGCCCCCCCGGCUUCGAGGGUCAGAGCUGUGAGAAGCUGGUGAGCGUCAACUUCGUGGACAGAGACUCGUACGUCGAGCUUCAAGACGUCAAGAACUGGCCCCAGGCCAACAUCUCCCUGCAGGUGUCGACAGCAGAGGACAACGGCAUCCUGCUCUAUAACGGAGACAAUGAACCUAUCGCUGUUGAGCUUCAUCAGGGUCACGUCAGGGUCACGUAUGAUCCCGGGAACCAGCCUGCGACCACUAUUUACAGCACUGAGACGGUGAACGACGGGCACUUCCACACCGUGGAGCUGGUGACCUUCAACCGGAUGGUGAACUUGUCGGUGGACGGAGGAGAGCCGACCACUCUGGACAGUCAGGGGCGGAGCCAGCUGGUGACGGGGGAGGCUCCUCUGUACGUGGGAGGUUUGCCGGAGCAGGCGAUGCCGGCGUCUCUGGGUCUGUCCUCUCAGACCCUCAACACGUCCAGCUUCCACGGCUGCAUCAGGAACCUGUACAUCAACCAGGAGCUGCAGGACUUCACCCGCAGCCACAUGAAGCCCGGCGUGGUCCCGGGCUGCCAGGCCUGCCGCAAGCUCCUCUGCCUCCACGGCCUGUGCCGACCGGACACUGCGCAGGGUCCUCAGUGUCACUGUCAGACAGGCUGGACGGGACAACACUGUGACCAGCCAAUCGCAGGAGCCCUUACUGGACCGGAGGUUGUCGCCACCGCAACCAGCGUCCACCCGUGUGAAGGCAACAAGUGCGUGAGCGGCGUGUGCACCGAGCUGGACGCGCACACGUACCGCUGCGACUGCCAGGAGGGAUAUCACGGUGCUCUGUGCAACCUGCAGGGGGCGCCAGAGGCGUCCUGCCAGGGUCUGCAGUGUCUGCACGGACAGUGUGAGGAGACGGAGGGGGGGCAGCGCUGCGUCUGCCAGGAGGGAUUCACCGGAGAGAGCUGCGCCACAGAGUCUCCGUGUCGUGGUGAGCCGGUGAGGGAUUUCCACCGGCUGCAGCGCGGCACCGUCCUCUGCCAGACGUCCAAAACCUUCUCCUGGGUGGAGUGUCGGGGUCGAUGCCAGGCUGGGGCCGGGCCGGGGGCCGGGCCGGGAGCCGGGCCGGGAGCCGGGCCGGGGGCCGGGCCGGGGGCCACCGGCGCCCCCUGCUGUGCUCCUCUGAGGGUGCGGCGCCGGCGGCUCCCCUUCGAGUGCGACGACGGGACCUCGUUCACACAGGACGUGGAGAAGCCUGUGGAGUGUGGCUGCAAGGAGUGUGUGUGUAUCCCCGGCUGGGUGGGGCCGGACUGCAGUAUAGAUUAUAACGAGUGUGUGGAUCAUCGCUGUCAGAACGGAGCUCAGUGCGUCGACCAUCUGGACGGUUACAGCUGCGUCUGUCCUCAGGGAUACAGGUACUGGGAACACUGGGAGUGCUGGGAAUGUCGGAGUGGACAGUUCUGUGAGGUGGCCCUUGUCCCCCCGUCCCCGUGCCAGCUGGCUAGUUGUCAGAACGGCGCCCCCUGCCUGGAGGGGACGGGCACGGCCGAGUGUCAGUGCCCCCCCGGCUUCGAGGGUCAGAGCUGUGAGAAGCUGGUGAGCGUCAACUUCGUGGACAGAGACUCGUACGUCGAGCUUCAAGACGUCAAGAACUGGCCCCAGGCCAACAUCUCCCUGCAGGUGUCGACAGCAGAGGACAACGGCAUCCUGCUCUAUAACGGAGACAAUGAGCCAAUCGCUGUUGAGCUUCAUCAGGGUCACGUCAGGGUCACGUAUGAUCCCGGGAACCAGCCUGCGACCACUAUUUACAGCACUGAGACGGUGAACGACGGGCACUUCCACACCGUGGAGCUGGUGACCUUCAACCGGAUGGUGAACUUGUCGGUGGACGGAGGAGAGCCGACCACUCUGGACAGUCAGGGGCGGAGCCAGCUGGUGACGGGGGAGGCUCCUCUGUACGUGGGAGGUUUGCCGGAGCAGGCGAUGCCGGCGUCUCUGGGUCUGUCCUCUCAGACCCUCAACACGUCCAGCUUCCACGGCUGCAUCAGGAACCUGUACAUCAACCAGGAGCUGCAGGACUUCACCCGCAGCCACAUGAAGCCCGGCGUGGUCCCGGGCUGCCAGGCCUGCCGCAAGCUCCUCUGCCUCCACGGCCUGUGCCGACCGGACACCGCGCAGGGUCCUCAGUGUCACUGUCAGACAGGCUGGACGGGACAACACUGUGACCAGCCAAUCGCAGGAGCCCUUACUGGACCGGAGGUUGUCGCCACCGCAACCAGCGUCCACCCGUGUGACGGCAACAAGUGCGUGAGCGGCGUGUGCACCGAGCUGGACGCGCACACGUACCGCUGCGACUGCCAGGAGGGAUAUCACGGUGCUCUGUGCAACCUGCAGGGGGCGCCAGAGGCGUCCUGCCAGGGUCUGCAGUGUCUGCACGGACAGUGUGAGGAGACGGAGGGGGGGCAGCGCUGCGUCUGCCAGGAGGGAUUCACCGGAGAGAGCUGCGCCACAGAGUCUCCGUGUCGUGGUGAGCCGGUGAGGGAUUUCCACCGGCUGCAGCGCGGCACCGUCCUCUGCCAGACGUCCAAAACCUUCUCCUGGGUGGAGUGUCGGGGUCGAUGCCAGGCUGGGGCCUGCUGUGCUCCUCUGAGGGUGCGGCGCCGGCGGCUCCCCUUCGAGUGCGACGACGGGACCUCGUUCACACAGGACGUGGAGAAGCCUGUGGAGUGUGGCUGCAAGGAGUGUGUGUAG